GUGACACACAGUGUGUGAACACAUGUUUGAGAUACGGAUUAAUGCAGUGAUAGUGUAAGUGAUGGACACUAUUGUCGCCACAAUUGUGACCAAACACUGACAUUACUGGUAGUGACUCUCAUACACACCGAUUGUCAUCCAAUAAUUGCCGGAUAAGCCGUGCUUUUCAUUUGAUUACAAGCGGCCACUGACUGAUACAACCGACACAAUGGCCACAAUGCCGUUAAACCCGAAACCAUUUCUUAAUGGUCUGACCGGUAAACCCGUGUUAGUGAAGCUAAAGUGGGGAAUGGAGUACAAGGGAUACCUGAUCUCAGUGGACGCCUAUAUGAACCUACAGUUGGCCAACACUGAAGAGUACAUCGACGGCAACUGUACCGGCAAUUUGGGUGAAGUUCUCAUCAGAUGUAAUAAUGUACUCUAUAUUAGAGGUGUCGAUGAAGAAGAAGAAGACGGAGAGACCAGGGAUUAGCAGCCAUUCGGUGAACAACAUAUGCAUCGAUAUAUCGAUGACCACAACUAGUGGUGAUGACCACAUCAUUGUCGAUAACCUCUUCAUUGAUAACCAUUUUGUAAUCAAUUCAUUGCAUAUCUUUUGUCUUAAAUUUAUUUAAAUUUAUUUUUCAUUAUUACUAUAAAACAAUUGUAUGUUUUUUGCGCUAAAAUUAUCUAAUUAUAGAAACGAAUAGUUAUUUAAUUAACAAAUAACUGUU